AUGGCCGACUCGCUCACCACCACACCCUCCUCCUCCACCUCGCUCGAGCCCAAACUCGAGCCCGAACUCGAGCCCAAACUCGAGCUCGACUCAUCCUCGCCCGUCGCUCUCACUACCGCCCUCAACGCCUUUCGAUCCGCCAAUGCAAAGUCAAAGCUCUCAUCCGCCGUGGCAAAGAUGAUGAGCCAGGCCGUGAGCGACAAGAAUCAGAGAAUCAUCGAGCUGAACCAGCGGGUCAAAGACCUGACCCUCAUGCUCGAGUCGCGGGAGAAGCAGCUAGACUCCAUGGUCACCCUACGCCUCAAGCAGAAGCGCCAGCUCGAUCUCUCAGAUCUCAAGCGCGUCGUCUCGGCAAAGUCCUCUGCCGCUCACGCCGCCGCCGCUCGCCUCUCGCCCUGGCGCCGCAUCACCGCAAAGCGCGUCCUCGCCUGGGCCCGCGGCCUCCCCCCUCUCGCCGCCGCCUCCGCCGAUGGCUUUUCGUCCCGCCGCCUGCUCUCGCUUGCCAGCCUCGCCGCUGACCCUCUCGCCGCCGUCUCCUACAUCGACGCCGACGUCCCGGCUCACUCGGCCGGCGAGGCCUUUCUCUUCCUCCUCACCCUCUGCCGCUUCCUCAAGUCGGCCUCCUCCUCCUGGCUCGAGGCUUUUAUCCACGCCGCAGGCGUCGAGGCCAUCAACGCCUACGUCGCCUUUCUCGACAACUCCGUCUCCUCCGCUCCGCCCUCCCUCGUCCGCCUCGGCGUCCAUCUCCUCGCCAUGCUCGCCCGCGCCCGCCUGCUAGCUACUCGUGAGGCCGUCACCGCUUUUGCCGCUCCCUCGGCCGCCCACUCGCUCCAGCUCCUCGUCGUCGCUGCUGUCGCCCCAGGCUCCUCAAACCCGCGCGGCCAGGCCCAGCUCCUCGACUUUGUCGCCCGCGUCGCUGAAGCCGCCACACACGUCCCUGACGCCAUCCUCGCCGCCCUCGCCCUCGCCGCGCGCCACUCCGCCGCUCCCUCCGCCUCGCAUCUCCCGGUCAAGCAUGCCCCGCUCUCGCUCCUGGUCGCCCUUCUCGACACCUGCGACGAGCCCUACCUUCGCGCCGCAGCCCUCCGCCUCCUCAACACCCUCCUCAGCGCCACAUCCACCAUCGAGGACCGCAUCGAGCUCCGCUCUGCCCUCGAGCGCGAGGGCCUCAACGAGCUCCUCGACCUCGUCCACCUCGAGACAAAGGCCCACCUCGACCAAAAGUCCACAGACUCGGCUCUCUCCAACAGUGCCCACCGCGCCCUCCUCGCAGAGCUCGCCACCUUUCACGCCUCGCACGCCGCAGACUCCUCAGACCUCGCCACCAUCGCAUCCGCCCACGAGGUCGACCUCUCCUCGCCCGCCUCGCUCUUCCGCGCCAUCGACGCCCGCCUCGCCUCCUCCCCCGCCGCAGACGCCUUUCUCCACAUCAUGCAGCACCUCUUCAUCAUCUCCUCAGACAACGCUCUCGCAUCCGUCGCAUGGCCUUUUGUCCAGCGCCUCCUCCACCGCGCCGUCGUCCUUGACUCUGCCGAACACACAGACGCUGCCCCGCCUCGCGCAAACCUCGCUGCUGAAGCCCUCUCCCUCGAGGAAAUCGACGCCAUCCUCGCCAAGAAGCGCUCCGCCCCUGCCCUCCCGCCGCUCAAGCCGCUGUUCUGGACAAAGAUCCCGUCGGAUAAGCUCGACACCACUGUCUGGAAGGACACCCUCACGCCCGAGCAACUCUCAGAUACCCUGCCAACCAUCGCACACCUCCCGCUCGACGAGUCCGCCCUUGUCAAGCUCUUCGCCAAGACCGCGACCUCCUCCGACGCCAACUCCUCGGCCCGCCGUCCGCGCCACAAGUCCUCAAAAAUUCGCCUCCUCCAGGUCAAGCGCGCCAACAACAUCGCCAUCACCCUCAAACAGUUUGACGCCUCCUUUGCAUCUGCCAACGACAUCGCCGCCGCCAUCGCCAACACCGAUGUCUCCAGCUUCACCCCGCACCAGCUCUCGGCCCUGCUCAAGUACGCACCCCACGACGACGAGCUCGCCCUCGUCCGCGAGUACCUCGACCACGAGCCCGAGCUGGACAGUAUCGACGCCCUCGGCGCUCCCGAGCGCUUUUUCGCAGCCAUCCUCGACAUCGACUGCUACUCGGAGCGCGUCGCUGGCAUGCUCCUCCGCCUCGAGUUUGACUCGAUGGUUGCAGACCUCCGUGAUCGCCUCGAUGCCCUCACCCGCGGCGUCACCCAGGCCCGCUCCUCGUCUACCCUCCGCAGCCUCCUGGUCCUCGUUCGCCGCAUCGGCAACCGCCUCAACGCCGGCUCUCGCCGCGGCAACGCCGCCGCCUUCAAGCUCGACAUCCUCUCCAAGCUCCGCGAUACCCGCGCCACAUCACGCCAUAACUUCUCAGUCCUCCACUACCUCGCCACUCUCGUCCGCGCCUCCGCACCCACCCUCCUGGCCUGGCACCUCCACCGCUUUUGCGUCUCCGUCGACGCCGCCGCCGCAGACUGCGACCGCUGGGACGCCCUCGCCGCACGCCGCGCAGCCCGCGCCGCCCGCCAUCACUCGUGACCUGUUGUGUUACUACCUCCGGACAUUGCUCGGCAGAUCCUCAAGCGCAACCACAGGCAGUGCAAUCGCUGCAGGCAUCGCCUCCGAUCCAUAGUGCACCGCGUUGUGCGCCACAUACGCCGGGCCGGUCGUGUUGACCAGCAGCCCGUUGUUGGGGUUCGCCGAAAAGCGCGGAUAGUUGGACGACGACACCGCGAGUCGCACCCGGUGCCCGACGUUGAACACAUACGCCAUCGUCCACAUCUCGAUCGUGAUCUUGUACACCUCGCCGUCCUUCAUCUUCACCGGCGUCACCUUUCCGUCCCGCCACCGCAUCCGCUGCACAUCGUCCGACAGCAGGAUCGAGAGCCCCGUCCCCGGGUACACGUCCGUCACCUUGACCGUAAAGUCCGUUCCCGUGCAGUUCGACGAGACAAAGAGCGUCACAGCCAUUCGCCCCACCAUUGCCGUCGGCUCCUUGAACGGCUCAGACGUAAACACGAGCACGUCCGACCGCGACUCCACAGACUGCUGGUCCGCCGGCCCGCACGCCAUAAACAGGUUGUUGCCGCCAAGCGUCGGCACAGGUUCCGCAGGGUUGUACACGUAACCCGCCACCUCUGCAGUCGUCGCCGUCGGCCUGCUCGUCUCCAGUUUGCCGCCGGCCGCGAGGUAGUACGACACGUUGCUAGCCACAGGCCACGCGUCAAGCGUCGUCCAGUACCGUCCCACAACACCGUCGCUGUCAGCCCGCGCAUGCUGCGCCACAGACGGCGGCGGCGGCUUGAGCUUGGGAUCAGGUCCAAUCACAUAGAUCGUCACAGCCUUGAGCUCCUUGGCCGACGCCGUCGGCGACACGAUCCCGGCAUCCGCAAACGCGUCCACAUCGUCGUGCCCGGCCUCCACAGACUUGAACAAGUUGACCGCCUGCUCAAACGACCAGAUGUCGCCGUCGCGAUCGUCCGGAAACUCAAAGUACUUUUCUGCAAAGCAGUGCCCGCGCGUGUUGAAAAUGAGCCGGUCCGCCGUUUGCGUCGCCGCAGACCCGCGCUGCAGCCAGUACGUGUCGAGCAUCGGCUGCGCAAAAAUGUCGUACGCUGCCGCCCAGAACACGCUCGGCCACUUGAUCCCCGCACGGUCCGCCGCACUAUCGGGACAGAUCUCCUGCCAGAACGGCGUCCACGCCUCGUGGUCCUCCAUGAUCUUGAGGUAGCUCGGCGCCUCCGGCCGCCACUUUUGCAUGUGCGCCAGCCAGUGCUUCGUCAGCUGCCACCGCUGCGCCCCACCCUGCCACGCAGCCACAUACGGAAACGCCGUCGACCAAAUCAUCCACGCUGCGUCGAGCUGCUGCGGCAGUGUCGUCGAGACCAGCGUGAGAAUCCCGUCCGCAGACGCUCCAGCCUCAAACACCAGUCCGUUCGACCAUGGCUGACCCUUGAUCCAUGCCACCGUAUCCUGCAUGUCCGUUGCCGCCGUGUGCCACAGCGGCCAGCUCGCCCCGCCAGAACCCCCCGUUCCGCGCUCGUUCAUCGCCAGCGUAGCAAAGCCAAACGGAAGAAAGAGCUGCGCCACCUCGUCCGUGCUCACCUUGCCGUACGGCGUCCGGUCCACCACUACAGAGAACGUCCUGCCAUCGCCAGCCACAAUCACCUCCUCCUCCUCCUUGCCCUUGCCAUCCGCAUCAAACUCUGGCAGCCAAAGCAUGGCCCACAGCUGCACCCCAUCCCGCAUCGUGAUGUUGACCUGCUUCGGCAGUGGAUCCACCUCGGGCAGCUGCAGGCGCUCCUUCAACGACUUCACCGUAGCCCGCCACGGCUCUGCCAUCUCUCCUCCCUCCGCCAGCACGCCUGCCACCACAACACUCACCACCAUACACAUACCCAGCACCCACAUCCCAUGCACCAUAUCCUCUCCGC